CAAUGAAAACAAUCCACGCGCCUAUGUCCGUGGCUGCGCGUGGUUUGCACUUCCUAUGUACAUUGCAGCGUCAAUCUGGAAUAUAGUAGAAGUUUCACUUACAAAAGCAUCGAAUAAAAGGUUUAGUGCAAGAUGAGACUUUUCCAGCUUGGAUUAGCGCUGGUGUUGGGGAUCCUGUUGGUAUCCUUUGGGGUCCAGGCUGAGUUUGAUGACGAUGAUAACCUUGAAGAUGGAGUAGUGGAAGAUGAACCAGUACCAGGCCCUGUCACUGUUGAAAAGCAAAGAUACCAGGCACCCAGUCUUCAAAAGAAACCAUUCUUUGCAGAAUCUUUUGACAGUGAAGAAGACUUCAAGAAAAAGUGGACAUCCUCCCAGGCCAAGAAGGACAACAUAGAGGAGGAGCUGGCAAAGUAUGAUGGCAAGUGGUCCCUGGAGGAACCCAAGGACUCCGCACUGAUUGGAGACCUGGGACUCGUACUCAAGACAAAAGCCAAGCAUCACGCAGUAGCCAGCAAACUAGACAGGCCAUUUGAGUUCAAAGGGAAACCAUUUAUAGUCUCAUAUGAUGUGAAGUUCCAGAAUGGCAUUGACUGUGGUGGUGCCUAUGUGAAACUUCUGACCAAAACUGACAAAUUUGAACUAAAAUCAUUCCAUGAUAAAACACCAUAUACAGUGAUGUUUGGACCUGAUAAAUGUGGUUUGGAUCACAAGCUGCACUUUAUUUUCCGCCACAAAAACCCGAAGACUGGAGAAUUUGAAGAGAAGCAUGCUAAGAAGCCAUCAGCCAACCUGGACAAGUACUUCACAGACAAGAAAACACAUCUGUACACACUUGUUGUGAAUCCUGACAACACAUUUGAAGUUCUCAUAGACAACUCUGUUGUCAACUCUGGCAGCUUGUUGCAAGACGUAAACCCCCCUGUGAAUCCCCCCAAGGAGAUUGAUGACCCCAAUGACAAGAAACCUGCUGACUGGGACGAGAAUGAAAAAAUUGCCGAUCCCAAUGCCAAGAAGCCUGAUGAUUGGGAUGAGGACCAACCGAUGGAGAUCCCUGACACAGCUGCAGUGAAGCCUGCGGGCUGGCUGGAUGACGAGGAGGCCCUGAUACCAGACCCAGACGCACAGAGACCCAAGGAUUGGGAUGAGGAGAUGGACGGAGAGUGGGAGGCACCUCUCAUAGACAACCCAGUGUGUAAGGAUGCCCCUGGCUGUGGUGAAUGGACCCGCCCCAACAUCCCAAACCCCCUGUACAAGGGCAAGUGGAGGCCAGCCAUGAUUGACAACCCAAACUAUCAGGGUGAGUGGAAGCCUCAAAGGAUCGCUAACCCCAACUACUUCGAGGACCUCGAGCCAUACAAGAUGUCAUCCAUCGGUGCUCUGGGUCUGGAGUUGUGGUCGAUGACUGACGAGAUUGUGUUUGACAACUUCAUCAUCACAGAUGACCGUGAGGAGCACUCUGUGUGGGUCCAGCAGACCUGGGAGAGAAAGAGGGCCGCAGAGCAGGCCACCACUGGGAACGGUGCCUUUGUACAGGGUAUACUGGACGUGACCCACGAGAGGCCCUGGCUAUGGGCUGUGUUUCUCGUGGUCAUUGUCCUGCCCAUAGUGCUGCUGAUAGCCUACUGCUGUAUGUCCAAAGAGGGUCCCAAGCAAGAAGAUCUGGAUGCGGCCCGUAAGAAGACAGACGAGGCCAGCCCGGAUGAUGACGCAAAAGAGGAACAGGAGAAUGUCACUGAGCCCACAGACCCAGGGGCAGCAGGUGACGCCACAGGCAAGACACGUGGCAAGAAAUCCAAGGCUGCUCUAGAACAGGAGGAGGAGGAAGAGGAAGCCGAGGAGGAAGCUGAUGUUUCACAAGGUUCCCAGGAGGAGGAGGAGGAGGAAGUAGCACAGUCCAAGUCAGACUCCCCCAGACGCUCACCACGGAAACGCAGGACUAGAAAGGACUAACACGUAGGAGCCCUAGGACACUAGCUGGAGUGUGUGAGAGAUGUGAAUGAUCCAUAGUUUGCAGGGGUGACUUAAGAUUCUGACAUGGCAUCUGUCGAGUAAACCAAUGUUGCUCUUAAGUGAUUGAACAUUGUCACUGGGUGUACAGACAUUUGACAGGACAGGUCAUGUGUUACAAUUGUUUGUUAGAAUUACCACAACUUUAAUAUCAUGGUUAUUUUAGGAUGUAAUGAAAGCUAUCUUAAGAAAACCUUGUUGCCAAAUAAAUCUGUCAAAUGACUCAAAAUACAUAGAACACAACCAUUAUAAAUACAAGUGAAAUUACAUGGUUAAAAAAGGUUUUCUUUAUACAAAUGUUUAAAUGUGCUGCAAUUAGCUUAUUUGGAAGAUGCUUUAGUGAUCAUUGAAGAAGAUAAUCAUAUGCUCGAUGGUUUAAAUGGUUUACUGAUUGCAUUUAGGAACAGGUCUUCAGCAUGUCUGUGAGGAACCUGUCUUUCAGUCAACUGGCAUAUUGUUGUUAGCUAUUUAUUGUAGGAGGUUCUACACUUGAGGAUUAUUGUCUACAUCUGAUAUGCAUCUUCAUGUGAAACUGUUUUUGUCCUGUGUAAUUGUUGUGUACAUGUGAUGUUCAUGUAAUGGAUUGUCAACCUUUUUUUGUCAGAUUGUCUCUGAUUUAAGCACUAGUAUUUUUUAUGUUUAUAAAUAAUUUGCUCAUUUUCAAAUAAUCACUUACUGGAUAAUAAAUUCGCAUGGCAAUAUGUGCAUUAUUAUAUAUUUAUAGUAAAGUACACACCAUAUAUAUUUAUCAAAAUUUCUUGACCUUUUAAGUUCUUAGGAGGUUUUAUCUGCAGGCAUAAUCAUUACAUAUCAAUCUGACACUGCAUUUAAAGUGUAAGGACUGCACAGGCUAAUCUGGGACGUUACUUAACGUUUAUGAAUUAAGCCUGGUUUUCCCGGACACAACUCAUUGUUAUUCUCUAGCCAAAGAUAUAAUCGGAUUGCAUGGUACAGUUUGUAUUUUUCUGAGCAUUUGCUAUAUUUGUAAGCUCAAAACAAAUUCAGAAUCAUAUUUGGCGACCUCAUCCAUUACUGGGGCAGUUGAACGCAUUUUUAAUUUGCUCUAAACAGUGAUUGGAAUGGAGACCAUCCUAUUGCAUUUGUAUGUACAUGAACUAGAUAUAAUCAGAAAGAAAAUAAAAAAAACCACCAAAAAUCUAAAUAUAUUACAGUUAUUUUGUAGUUAUUUUCAUUAUAAACAGUGAUAUAAUAAGUAAUAGCUGUGAUUUCAGAUUUAUGAUGUUAAGUAACAGACUUAUAAAAACAACUCAGUAGAUUGUGGUCAUUUUUUCUUAGGUGUUAUUGGUUCACAUGCAAGUACUAAUACAAGAUUGAUAAUGAAGGAAAAACAAUUAUGAAAUUGUAAAUGAAAUUGCAUGUUUAAUGCCAAUGGCAAAGGCCAAUGGAAAAUGCCAAUGGCAGAAUAUAAGAAUGGAAAGCAAUUUUCAGAGUUAUGGAAAGAUUUUCCUAUAAACAGUCGAACAUCUCACAUUCCGCUUUGAACAUGUCUGAAAAAAUAUCAUAUUGCGCAGAAAUAACCACAUUGUUAUGAUGAGGAUUUUAAUGGAGAAUAUGUUACAAAAAGGGAAGAGAACCACAAGCAGAUAUACAUUUACUUGGAAACUAUUAAUACUGGCAACUUCUUAUUUAUCAAUAUUAAAAGCAUUUCUUUGAAUGAAAAAGAAUUAGCUUUGAUUGCGUAUUUAAUAAGCAAAUAUUUAUGCACUAACUUUUCAUGUUCUUUUUAUGAUUAUUGUUUAUUGUUUCAAUAUGCUGGUGUGAAAGUUGUUCAUUGUUAUUAUCAUGAAUGUUGUACUGAUAAAAGUUGUAUUUCUCUGUUGGCUUGAAAUUUUCUGAUACAUCUUUGUAUGUUUUAAACAAAACCUGUGUUAAUAAUUAUGCAAAUUAUAAUAAAAUGUUUAAUUAUAA